AUGCAAAUCAAUAUUACCUACCCAGAGAUCUUUGCUGUUGAACACAUUUUAUUCUAUUCUAAACAUCAAUGGAUGAAAAUGUAUCCAAAUUUAUCUAUAAAUUGUACAAACCAAUUUAAGAGUACAUCCAUCUAUUUAUUGAAUACCAGUAAUGCACUAACAAAAUGUGAAUCAAUUAGUGAUCAAUUUUCAUGUUCAUGGUCACAAACGAUGCAAUUCAAUCAAUCUCAAUGGUGGUAUUUUAUAUUAGGUCGAUGUCAAACAACUAACAUUACUGGAUUAUAUGCUAUAUAUACAUUUAAAUUUUUCAAUGGUCAUACAUUUUUUACAAAACAAUUUUCUGCUGAGGAACUUGGCUUAUUGGAAUUAUUUAUUAUUGGAAGUUGUGUCUAUACACUAUUCGUUUUCAUAAUAAUUUUAUUUGCUUAUUUUUUGUGUAAAUCAUCGAUGUUUCAUGUUAUAUUUAAAUUAUUUAUAAUAUCAGUGGUCUCUGAAUAUUUAUAUGUUUUAUUUAACGUUUUUGCUUAUCUACAUUUGGCUAUCACGGGAAUCGACAGAGAACAUCUUAAAACUACUGGAUGCGUAUGGGAUGCUAUUGCUCAAAUCACAUUUUUAUUAAUUCUUAUUUUAUGUGCUAAAAGAUAUACAAUAACACAAGCACGUCUAAGCAAUGCAUCAAUGAUGAAGUUAUUCGUGUUUUUUCUUGCUUAUACAAAUUGUUAUAUGGGAAUGUUUGUCAUUCCAAUUAUGUUCAUUGUACGUCCAUCGAAAGUCAAUGUCAAUUUUCCUUUUCAUGCGAAAACAAAUCAGAUAUGUGCAACAGACAUCAAAGAGCAAGGUAUCUUUGCGGCGAAACAAGGACGAAUAUUUUUAAACCGUCAAGAGCCAGAAUUAACGAACUUAUUUUGUAUUGAUAAACCAUCAAAUUAUAAUCAGGGGUUAAUGAUCACCACAGUUACAAAUGAAAAUUCAAGCUCGAACGUUCAAGUACGUUUAGAACCUCGCCGAUACGAAAUUUGUCCGACUACCCAAAAAAGCGAACAAUUGGAUCGAAAAAUUAUAAAACAACCACAACAACAAUUUUUGAAAACUGAACAAACAGAUGCAGUAAUACCAUUUGUAAAUCGACCCCCGCGACGAUUAACACCUCUUUCUACCGUAAAUGAUGUCUCUUAA